GAUGUUUAAUUUGAACUACCACUUUGAAUGUGAUUGGCUUAUUGAACUGUCAAAGGCCUCCGUUUUCACCUGCCAAUUUCUUGAAGAGAAGCGUUUCCAUUAUGAGGAUUCAAAGACUGCUUUUGGAGUCGCUUUUAAAAGUCUUCGUUUUCAUUAGCAUUUGCAAACGUAUCAGUAUGAAUGAAACGACGAAAACGUUUCGAAAAAGAACCUUUUUAAAGCGAAAACAUUUUUGCGUGAAUAUUUCUUCAUCAAAGGCUUACUUCCACUUUAUUCGAAGGCCUUGUUUGAAGCGGAAACCUUUUAACAAAGAAUUUUUCUCUUUCCUGAAAGAAACAAGAAGCGUUUUAGAAGGCAAAAUUUGCUUCGCAAUCGGAAAUGAAAACACGUGGCCUUCUAGGGACACAGAUCGAGAAAGAGGAUGGCAAAGAUCCCUAAUGUGUCUUGUCUUUUGAGAUGAGUUGAAAAGACCUUGAUCGCAUUCAGUUUCUACACAUGAGUCUUCUAGGACACUCUUUAAGACACAGAGAAGAAUUUCGAGGUACCCGGCGAACCGCAACCGAAGCUCUCUCUCUCUCUUUCUCUCUUUCUCAAUAGUUAAGCUUUUUUCUCCCUAGCCGUUAUAAGUUUUCUCUUUUCAAUCUACGCUUCUCCUCGGAAGAAUCAUGUCGAACGGCACCGUUUUGGUGACAAACGAAGCGGAAGAAAAAUUCACGGCGACUUCCAUAGCUCAGUUCGUUUUCCUGGCAACCAUGUUCUUGUUCGCUGUGGCUGGAAAUGGUUUGGUUUGCUACAUAGUUUACCGCUUCAAACAUCUACGCACCGUGCCGAACGCUCUGAUCGUAAACCUCUCGGUGAUCGAUUUGUUCAAUUCUCUGGUCAAUAUGCCGCUCUUUGUGAGCUUUUACAUUUUCAGACUGGAUGUCUUCAAAGGAAAGUGGAUCACCUAUGUGUUUUCUUCUUUGCAUAACUACAUCAUAUACUUGAACGUGUUGACGCUCAUGGCCCUAAUGGCUGAUCGUUACGGCGCCAUUGCGUUUAAGUUUCGGUACCACUCUUGGAAAACCAAAAAAAAAGCGUACCGCGGAAUCGCUCUUAUCUGGGUCACGGGUACGGUGUUGAUAAUAUCCUUAGGUUUUUAUCGCGACAGAAUUCUAUCCCAUUAUGAGGACUUGCCUCUCAUGGAGUACCGUCGAAUUUUAUAUAAAACUGGGGGUUGGAAAGUUGCUUUGGCCCUGUUCGGUGCCCCUUUGGUUGUGAUAACCGUUUUAGGUGGACUUAUCUGGCGGUCUGUCAAGGCAAGUCGUAAGCGGAUCGAAGACUUAACUGGUAGAGAUGAAUGUACUUCUCAAGGCAAAAAAAUGCUGGACCUCCUCCGAAAAAAAGAAAUUCAAACCACUCGGAACAUUAUUAUCGUCGUGGUGACUUACUUCGUUUGCUUCGUGCCUGCAAUGGCGCUUGGUAUUUGCCUGCGAAGAGAUAUCACAGUUCCUUGGUUGGAAUACUUCGCCUUUUUCUGCUCUUAUCUAACCAGCGCGUGUAGUCCGAUCGUUUACUCGUUGCGCACUUGUCGAUUCAAACAAGUCAUCCGAGAGCUGUUCACGCCAAAUAGAAAUCGCCCAGUGUUUCCAGUUGAACUAUAAAACGUGAAAAGCAAUUGAAACGUAUUGACAAAUGCAUAAUUUUUUUUGAAGCCACUCGACAAUGUAAAGCGAAAUCUUGUCUUUAUUAUUUAGCGACAGUUGUGUUGUAUUUUUCUAAGGAAAAAAUGUAACGAGAGUGGACAUUUUAUCAAAACUUAUUCUUUGAAGAUACUGCGGGACAGAAAGACUUAGAAAAUAACAGGCAAUAAAUGCAUGCAUUUCGCAAAAAGUUUUUUCUUCGCUUUGGUUUAUUAUUCAAUAUUUAAGUGCUAAUUGGGGUGUACGAACAGAUUAUGGUGUCAUUCUUUGUCAGCGGACAUAAGCUCUCGAAUCAUUAAAGUCUGCCUCUUCUAAAUCACAUUUCGUGUUUUAUCAUUUGACCUGUACGGCCACGCUCAUGCAAUCCAAAAGAAAACCAUGCUAAAAGCUGACGUGUAUAGGGGCGGACAGGCUGACGUAAGCGGGUCCGGAAAAAGCCAGCCGACCCCGGAAUUCCUAUCGUGGACGUAAACUUAAAAUAAAACAAAAAAAAGGGGAAAAAAG